AAAGCGCUAUGGAUUGUUCGAUUAGGAUUCAGAAUCCGUUGUCCACCACGACAAUAACCAGCGCAUUGUUUUCUAAUAAAAAGUCUGCAAAUUUUAGGGUUUUCACCGUUGGAUGUUCUUCUAAAAUCCUUUCCUCUGAUGGUGCACCAUCUGGUCUGGUUGAAAGACCAUGGAAGGUAGCAGAUGCUAGACUUGUUCUCGAGGAUGGUUCAAUUUGGAAGGCCAAAUCAUUUGGUGCUUCUGGAACCCAAGUUGGAGAAGUUGUUUUUAAUACAUCCUUAACUGGGUAUCAGGAGAUCCUUACUGAUCCCAGUUAUGCAGGCCAGUUUGUCUUGAUGACGAACCCUCAUAUCGGGAAUACUGGGGUCAAUUUUGGCGAUGAAGAAUCGAUGCAGUGCUUUCUUGCAGGAUUAGUCAUUAGAAGUUUAAGCAUCAGCACCUCAAAUUGGAGAUGCAAAGAGACACUUGAUGAGUAUUUGGCUAAAAGGAACAUCAUGGGUAUAUAUGAUGUAGACACUCGCGCAAUUACGCGAAGAUUGAGACAAGACGGAAGCCUCAUUGGAGUCCUGAGCACGGAAAAUUCAAAAACUGAUGAAGAACUUCUCGAAAUGUCUCGUACAUGGGACAUUGUGGGUGUGGAUUUAAUCAGUGGUGUUUCAUGCAAAUCUCCUUAUGAAUGGGUUGAUAGAACAGCCUCAGAUUGGGAUUUUAAUGAUAAUGGAAGAAAUAAAGAAACUUUUAAUGUUGUUGCAUAUGAUUUUGGAAUCAAGCAUAAUAUACUUCGGCGCUUAGCAUCCUAUGGCUGUAAAAUCACUGUUGUUCCUUCAACAUGGCCAGCGUCUGAAACUCUAAAGAUGAAACCCGAUGGGGUUCUCUUCAGCAAUGGGCCAGGAGAUCCCUCUGCAGUUCCCUAUGCAGUUGAAGCGGUAAAAGAACUUAUUGGAAAAAUUCCUGUUUUUGGCAUUUGUAUGGGUCACCAGUUACUUGGUCAAGCAUUGGGGGGUAAGACAUUCAAAAUGAAAUUUGGUCAUCAUGGAGGAAACCAUCCUGUUCGAAACCUUCGAAAUGGCUGCGUCGAGAUCAGUGCUCAGAAUCACAACUACGCUGUUGACCCUGAGUCUCUUCCAGAAGGUGUAGAGGUGACUCAUGUAAAUUUAAAUGAUGGAAGCUGUGCUGGUCUUGCCUCCUUUAAAAUGAAGCUGAUGUCACUUCAAUACCAUCCCGAAGCAUCUCCAGGACCUCAUGAUUCAGAUCCUGUAUUCGGGGAAUUUAUACAACUCAUGAAGCAAGAAAAAGUGAAGGCAUAAGCCAAUUGCCCUGAAGAGCCUGAAGCAACAGUCAUGUUUGAAGGAACCACAUUCCGGAAAAGAGAAUUUCGAUGAGACUUGAGUCAGAGCAAUCUGUCGUGCUGCACCUCUUCUUGCCAUAAAUCAAGUCUGAGCAAUUCGUCGAGCUGCACCUCUUUGCAAUUAUAUCGAUGGAUAUAUAUGUAUGGUUCUAAUUUUGUUCAAGUUGCGGCUGCGCCUUUAUCUAGUCUAAAGACAUAAUACUAAAUUUAUUUGGUGUGUGUAAUAGUACUCUGUGGUAUGGAACUUGUAAUAAUACACUUGUUUCCAUCUUAAGCAAAGAUUCACUUAGCUUUUGAUUAA